UAUAUAUAAAAAAUCUCAUUGACAUAAACACUUGAGGUAGAUACAAAUUAAGAAAAUGAAGUUCGUUUACACUCCCAGCGAAGCAGCAGAGGAGGGCGUCCGCGGACCCUCGGACCUUCCAAAGCUGAUCGACAAGGCUAUGUCACUCGCUCGGGCUCCAGUCUCCACAUUCAAAGUCGGAGCAGUUGGACUCACAUCAUCGGGCGAAGUCUUCUUAGGCGUCAAUGUCGAGUUCCCAAAUCUCCCUCUUCACCACACCAUCCACGCCGAGCAGUUCCUCGUCACCAACCUCGCUCUCAACUCCAUGAAAAAGCUCACUCAUAUAGCUGUCUCCGUCACCGGCACCAUCUUCGGUGCACCAUGUGGCCACUGCCGCCAGUUUUAUCAAGAAAUGCGCAACGCUCCUGAAAUCGAAAUCUUGAUCAAAAGACCAAAAGACGGCAUAGACGAGUUCAUGAGCCUCAAGAGCCUCAUGCCGGAAAGAUUCGGCCCUGAUAGUAUCCUUCCGGAAGAUGCCUCCCUCCUUCUCGAGCAGCGCGAUAAUAGCCUCGUCCUCUCGGAUCCCGAAGAGAUAUGCUCUGAUCCAGAGGAUUGUUCCCAUACCAAGUGCAGGGCUCUAGCGGCGGCGAACAAAUCGUACGCGCCGUACAGCAAGUGUCCGUCUGGAGUUGCGCUGAUUUGCGGAGGGGAAGUGUAUAAAGGAUGGUACAUUGAAUCUGUUGCGUAUAACCCAAGUUUAGGGCCAGUAGAAGCUGCACUGGUUGAUUUUGUGGCUCGUGGCGGAGGCAAAGAGUUCAAUGAGAUCACUGAAGUGGUGCUGGUGGAGAUGAAAGAUGUGAAGGUGAGUCAAGAGGCCACGGCGAGGACUUUUUUGGACAAGAUUGCCCCCAAGUGCGAUUUCAAGGUCCUUCAUUGCUAUAAGACCAAUAAAAAUUAAAGCAUAUUUAAGGCAAAUAAUCUUAAAUAUGCUUUAAUUUUUAAGAUUGGAUUAUUAUGCUUUGUUGUCUUCUUGAUUUAAUUAUUAUGCUUUGUUGUCUUCUUGGUUGGAUUUAUAAGACCCUUUUAUUAAGUCGUCAUCACUGACAAACUUCUACUAAGUGCACAAUUAAGGAAUAGUCAAAUUGUCU